GGGCAACUCAAUUUGUUUUAGCCAAGAAGCAGUACGCUUCUUCAACUCGAAUGGAGUCGUUCUCAACGUCUCCGUCUCCGUCUCCGUCUUCGAGUUCGUCUGUUCCGUCGCCACCGCUACAUUUCGCUGGUGGAAUGGACAGCCCGGACAUCUGCGAGCCGCCGCAGGAGGAGGAGGAGUUCAGCUUCCGUUACCCGAGCUACAUGUUCCCCGACGUGGAGUACGACAGGGGGGAUGUCCCACUGCCCUUCAAGGCUACGCCGGACUCCCUGUUCAAUCUCUGCGCCGCUAUCGUGGAUUCCCAGGCCCGCACGGAAGUCUUCAAGUGGAGCAUCAACGAUGUUACCGACUGGCUGCGCAACUUUGGUUAUCCUGAAUACGAGCAAACAUUUCGGGAGAACUACAUUGACGGACACAAGCUUUUAAACUUGGACGCCGUAGCCCUGGUGGCACUCAACGUUCGGAACUUCGAGCACAUUCGCCACCUGGGCCGGGGAAUCCGAGCCCUCUACCGCAAGGAGCUACAGACGGCCACGGAGACCAAGCAGCAGAGCGAGGUCUACAAGACAUUCCGUGCCCGCACCGGCCGGAGGUACGAGGGACUACGGGAGACCGAGCUGCUGGGCCGCAUGCACAUGAUUCGUUCGGUUUUCCGGGACGUCAACGACUGGGACCUGAUGGAGCUGCACAUGUCCAGGACUCCAGUGAGGCGGUACCGCGAGGUCGUUGCUGGCUCCAGGCGGUUCAAUCUUUACGGUCCAUCGACGGCGCGUAGGGAGCCCAUAUUAACGGAUGAUGUUGAUUCCUCACCAUGGUUCAAUUUUGGCGAUUGCUACUAGUUGUUUUCUUGACGUUCGUGAUUUGAAUACGGUUUAGGACACCCCUGCAGAGGGUAUUGCAUUUUACACCAAAUUUUAGACUAAAGUGGCACUGCGUGGGCUAGAAUCUGCAUGUUAGUUUCCAAGUCUCUAGCUCUUAAAGUAUCCGUAUCUGAAGGUUCAUACGGAACAGGAUUAUGAUCCUGAUCAAGAGCAAAAUACCCACUUAUUAGCUUGAAAAUAUCUGAAGGCUUACAGAAACCAUCCACCGAAGGCUUGUGGGCCUCAGUGAAUAACUCGCUAAAGACAGUUGGUUAUUGUAAAGAUUUAGAUGGUCAUGCAUAAAAACUAGUUUGAUGAACAUUGGUUCAAGAGCUCAAGUUCGAAAUAUCCAAAUGUAAUAAACAUAUUUGUGUUAAUUAA